AUGCCCGACCCUGGAAGACAAUAUAUACCAGACGAUGAGCUAAGUCAGAUCUAUACGUUCGCUAUUCAGUUGGGCAAGGAUGCGGGGGAGAUUCUUCUCAAGAGUCUAGCGGAACGCAGGCGAGAUGCCGUUCCCGGUGCCAGCGUAGAGGCUUUGGAAGAAUUGGUCAUGGAGGAAAAGUUGAAUGCAGUGGAUAUUGUAACAAAAACUGAUAAUGAGGUCGAAGAGUUCAUCCACAACGCCAUCCAGAAACAGUACCCAGGCCACUCCUUCAUUGGGGAAGAGACAUACUCCAAGGGCUCAUCCAAGGAAUAUCUGGUCAAAAGCGACCCAACUUGGAUUGUAGACCCGCUGGACGGAACCGUCAAUUUUACCCACGCAUUUCCCAUGUUUUGCGUUAGCAUUGCUCUUGUCGUCGAUCAGAAGCCAGUCAUUGGUAUCGUGUACGCACCACUGUUGAACCAAUUCUUUUCCGCGUGUAAGGGAAGAGGGGCGUGGUUGAAUGAGACAACAAGACUACCAUUCCUGGGUAACGUCGGAGUUGGACCAAUCCCCAAGAACGCCCCGUCCAGAUGCGUCUUCUCGUGCGAGUGGGGGAAGGACCGAAGAGAUCGGCCUGAUGGCAAUCUACACCGCAAAGUAGACAGCUUUAUGAAUAUGGCAGCCGAGAUAGGUGGGAGGGACGGCAAAGGCGGAAUGGUGCACGGGGUCAGAAGCCUUGGGAGCGCCACCUUGGAUCUUGCAUAUACGGCGAUGGGGUCUUUUGAUAUUUGGUGGGAAGGAGGCUGCUGGGAAUGGGAUGUCGCUGCCGGUAUCUGCUUAUUGCAGGAGGCAGGGGGCUUGGUCACAACUGCAAAUCCACCCAAAGAUAUUGACACGGCUCCGAUUAACGAUGCCAAUCUGGGCGGACGCCUGUAUCUUGCAAUUCGACCGGCAAGCGACAGUCCUGGAGAGACUGCGAGACAAGGGCAAGAGAGAGUUGUAAGAGAGGUAUGGAGACGUGUACGUACACUGGACUACAACCGUCCAGGGGUGUGA